UGUGCACGACGCGCACCUGGUUCGGACCGCCGUGCGCUCCCGCUGGCCGAGGUGCCGCGCCGCGCCGCGCUGUGCCGCGGGGGUGACCUCGCCGCUGCUGGUCACCCGCCACAAUGGCGGUGUUUCACGACGAGGUGGAGAUCGAGGACUUCCAAUACGACGAGGAGUCGGAGUCGUAUUUCUACCCCUGCCCGUGCGGAGAUAACUUCUGCAUCACCAAGGAAGACUUGGAAAACGGGGAAGACGUGGCGACGUGUCCGAGCUGCUCUCUCAUUAUAAAAGUGAUUUAUGACAAAGACCAGUUCAUGUGUGGAGAAACAGUCUCAGCCCCUUCCACCAAUAAAGAGUUGGUUAAAUGCUGACGAAGUUUAUAGGAAUCCAAAUCGUGAACAGCUGAGAAAGGAGCCACGCUGGAAAAUCGAGUGCAGAAUUGCCAACCCCCUCUCGGGGACAACCGCUCUAUGGUUUGCUGUUCGCUCUGAGUGUGGACACCGUCCCUCAGCUGCUGUGUUCAUCGAUUCAAAUAGCCGGGCCACACCACAACGUGCUUCAAUUUCCUCCUGAAACUUUGAAUCUGAAGUGUUCGUUGUUUUCUAUCAGAACUUAAAGAACAGUAAUUGCAGAUCAGUGCUUGCUUUUCCUCAGUUUUACCAUUUUAUGUGUCACACCUAAUUAACUUCAUUGUUUGACUAUAUCAUUACCUCAAAGUCAUUAGGAUUCUUAAUUAGAAAGGGAUUUUAUUUUUGACUCGGGUACUAAGAUUGUCCAAUUAGAACCUUUCUUUGGUAUUUGAACUCUGCUGUUCUCAGCUUAAGAGUUGAAAACUGCACAUUCAGUUCUCAUGCCCCGUCAGUCUCCUCAGUCUGUCAUUAGAAUGUUCUCCAUCUCUUUAGCGUACAGUUUCCCGUAUACAUCAUGCGUGACCAGUAGGCCUGGUACUAACGAGCAUACGCUGGACUCACAGUUUCUUCAAGGUUAAGAGUUAGAACAAAAGAAAGAAAAGAUAGGGCCAGCGAACUGAUACAGGGAUUAAGGCCUUGUAGAGUCGGGGCUAUAGAGUUUCCUUACUAGUGUUCUUUAUAUUCCUUGAAAAUCAAGAGCAUAGCAACAAGAAAAAUGGCCAAAGGAAAUAAAAUUUUUACCAGGAGACCAAAACAGACCUACUUGAAGAAGUAAACACUCAAUUAGAUUCUCGUUUCUUUUCAGACAAAUUGCUUUUUAGAUUUGGUUAGUGUCAGAUCUUCACAGUUAGUGAAGGUGCUUUCAGUCACAAUUCUUCUAUAUGCUGACGAUGACACUGAAAAUGAGAAGCCUGUUCUAAAUGUGCCUGGAAGGUACAUCUGAUAGCCCCUGUAGCGUGCAGCUUAACCAAACCUUCACUCUUACAGAUACUGCCCCGGAGAAAAGGAAAAAUAGAGUUAUCAGUCUCCUUUUGUUGCAAUGUUCAGUAGCAAGAAAUUAGAAUCACAUGGAAACAAUUGAAAAUUCACAUUACGUACACUACUUUUCUCUGUAUAAGAUUUUAAAAGCAUGGGUUUGGGGGAAUGGCAACCUAUAGUUAGAACAAAAGCUUGUAACCCUCCUGCUGGUGCAUGUCCCUGGGGCUUCCGUGAAAACCAGUGAGGGCCCCUUUUUAUGCACCAGGAGUCUGGCUUUAUGCAGCAAUGGCCACAGUCAUUGACUAUUUCAUGUAACUUUUCUCCCCUAAACACCAGUUGGCCAGCCAUAUGCUGGAAGGGCUUAGUAUAGUCUGAAGUGGUAUAUGGCAGCCGCGAGAUGGGAUGGGAAAUCGUGGGGCUAUUUGAGACCCAAAGAAAUGAUCGGGAACCAGAGACUGCCCAGCAGAACAGAGCAGGGCACAGCCUGGUGUGGGAGUGUGCUGUGAAGAGUUGACAACCCCUUACUCAGAUGAGGGCCCUGUGUGUGUCCAUGCUACAUGCAUUCCUCCUGCCACAUUUCAGAUAAGAUUUCCCUGAUGCAGUAGGUGGGUACAGAGGAGCAGGAAGAAGACCCACACCCAGGAGAAGAGAAGCUUAAAGAGCACUGGCAUGCAGUGAUGAAUGACGGGGCUAAACUCAUGGGAAUGAUUGUGGUCCAAAUCAAAUGAAUUACUGAAUUUGUCCCGAACCACUGAACACAGCAGGAUUAAAUCCUCAGUUAAGCAAGUAGUGUCAAGGGCUUUCCGAUCGGACCGGAGUCAGUGUGAUACAUGUGCCUUGGGUAGCUCAGCACCUCUAGGAACAUUCAGUCCAGGUUGUGUGUUACCAGUGGUUUUUCCCUGGCCAGCAGAACGCCUCGUCUGUACAGUUAGGAGACUAAACUGGUGAUUUCUCAGCACACCUUCAGUUGUCUUAAUAGGUUAUAGAAGCUGAGAUGGUCUUUAUGAACUUGCAACUAGAUCCUGAAUUAGAGAAGGAAAUGCCAUUCGUCUUCAGUGUUGCAGGGAUUCAGGAUAGAGCUCAACAUAGAGCUCUUGCCUUGCAUUUGCUGGCCCAGGGCAGGCGUGGUGGAAAAUACAUGUAUACGUAGAUGCACACAUAUAUACAGCUAAGUGUUUAAAGGAUUCUGCAUAUACUUUUAUACACUCAGGCAUUUUUCUUGGGAAAUGCCCAAAAGUUUUAUGUACAGUUAAUUUAUUAAAUCACAUGCUAAAUAAAGUAAUAUAAUUCAAAUCCA